ACAGGGAAGGAGUUUGAGUUCAUCGUGCUGUUGUGCUGCUGUCUUUUUUCUGCAUUAAGAUCUUGGUUAGAAGACUCUGUGACAGUUAGUAUGGCGAUGUAGCUGUGUUGACUUUGACAAGAGUAAAAGUCAUGCCAUGCAUUAAAAAAGCCAUUCAUUAGAACAUGAUUUGUCCCCUAUAGGACAACGGAGACCGAUUUCUUUAGGAUCAUUUUAGUGUGAGGCUCCUCUCAAUCUUACUAAGGCUACUAGUCUAGUGCAACCCAUAAUAAUAGCAAUACGCUGCCGUCUGAGAUUCAGUCAUUUUUCCUCGGAGGCAUUGUAAAAGUUUGGUUUUUAAUUAAUAUUUCCAUAACUCGAUAGCCAUGUGGCACCACUGCCCGCAGCUCGAAGACUUGGCCUUCUACAAACAAAUGCGCUUGGACAGAUGGUAUUUGGGCUUUCAUACAGAGCCGGGCGCUUAAUUAUCUCCGUCUCUUUGCGCUUCGUGCGCACUCUCCGUGAAUCGUCCCGUUAGUGCUUGCUUCGCUAUGUCCAGCCCACAUCUCUCCCUCUGAGUCAUGCGGGGUGUCAUUACUCGCAGCCUAAACAGCUUAUUCCCUAAACCGGAACAGAUGAAACGCACAUACCCAUACGCACAGUAACUAUACAUCGUGAUCUCUGCAACUACCGGAGGAUUUGUACUUCGAGCUACGAGCUCUCAGGACGCUGUCGCUCUCUGUAUAUCCACCGCUUUCUCUCAUGACGCCCCACGGACAUUGCAAUGGAUGGUCCAUCCGUAAUUUAUCUUAGGCGAUUGACUCAAGGGACACUUUUUUCAGUGUCCUGAUAUUUGAUCGGCGAGCAGGAGUCUUGGUCUAAAUGGGUCCAGUCAUGCCUCCCAGUAAGAAGUCGGAAGGUUCCGGCGUGAGUGUGGCCACUGGCCUGAGCCGUCUGUACGCCUCGUCGCUGCUGGAGGCCGAGGAGAUGGACCUGACGUUGCCGCCUCCGCCUCCACCGCCGCUCCCACCCGCCGGCCUCAAGACGGAGAAGACGGCGGGCGAGGACGAGGAGCUCACCAACCUCAACUGGCUCCACGAGAGCAAGAACCUGCUCAACAGCUUCGGCGACCCGGUCCUGCGCAGCGUCAGCCCCGUGCAGGAGCUGGACGAGGACGCGCCGCCCUCGCCGGCCCAGUCGGACCUGGCCUACGACGCCAAGCAGAACCCCAACUGCAAGCCGCCGUACUCCUUCAGCUGCCUGAUCUUCAUGGCCAUCGAGGACGCGCCGGCCAAGCGGCUGCCUGUCAAGGAUAUUUACAACUGGAUCCUGGAACACUUCCCUUACUUCGCCAACGCCCCCACCGGGUGGAAGAACUCCGUCAGGCACAACCUGUCCCUCAACAAGUGUUUUAAGAAGGUGGACAAAGACAGGAGCCAGAGUAUCGGUAAAGGCUCCCUGUGGUGCAUAGACCCGGAGUACAGGCAGAACCUCAUCCAGGCGCUGAAGAAGACGCCUUAUCACCCCUACUCCCAGGGCUUUGCCUCUCCACCCGCCUCUCCUCAGGGGUAUCAGAGCAUGUCCAGUCCUCCAAUGUGGCCAGGCAGCUCCUUCUUCAGAAAAAAUAAAGGAGUCCUCCUUCAAGUCCCUCAGGGAGUGAUCCAGAAUGGAGCUCGCAUGGUGAGCCAGAGCCUCUUCCCAAGCAUCAGAACCCUUCCCAUCAGGUCGGUGUUUGCGGGCUGCAGGAUGCGCAGCGACAGCGAGCCCUUGUGCGACUCCCCGCUGGUCGGCAGUGACCCCAAAGAGGACCACAACUACAGCAGCGGCCUCAAGGGCGGGGACUCACCUGACUCUGCCCCCCGCGAGGGCAGCGAGGCCAGUUUCCACGGCAACGAGGCCGGCAGCGACACAGAGGACGACGGCAAGAUCAAGAAGGAGCCGCGGGAGUGGUCAGUGGACGCCUUCGCCCUCGCCCAGCACAAGAAACGGCAACUUUUCCCCCCAAAGGUCAGAGGUCAACGCGUGGCCGGCGACACACUGCCCCUGAAAAAGAGGCGCACGGAAAAGCCGCCGGAGAGCGACGACGAGGAGAUGAAGGAGGCGGCAGGGUCCCUCCUCCACCUGGCGGGGGUGCGCGCCUGCUUGAACAAUAUCACCAACCGGACGGCAAAGGGGCAGAAAGAGCAGAAGGAAUCCAUGAAAACCUAAGAGACAGAACAGCUGUUUCUGCCUGGCCGUGGAAAAAAAUAAUAAUAAACAAGAAAAUGGAAAAAAAAACAUCGGUUUUAAUAGAAUUUGCUAUUUUUUUUUCAGGACAUCAGGUGAAUUCUACUGAUUUGUGGCAAUACCAACAAUCACUUUGUUUCCCUAUCUUUAUAAGUGUUUUUUGAGGGUGCGUUAUUUAGUUUGUUCUUUUUUGUUUUUUUGUUUUGUUCAAAGGAGAUUAAAGCCAUAGCAAAACCUUUAUAUGAUGUUCAGAUAAUUUAGUGAUAAUUUAGUCUUUUUCAGGUUUGUUUGUUUAUUUUGUUUGGCUGAAAUUGAAACAAAUAUACUCAAACACCUUCCCCCAUACGACAGAUUGGCACAAUCUUGAAUUACAGCAGCAGAAGAAACAAACAAAAUUUAGCAAUUUACUGAUCUUUGUUACAGCUACUUCGAGAAGCAUAGUCAAGUUUAUCAUAGUGAUAUUUAGCAUUGGGGACACUGUUUGAGGCACUGUGUUAGCAUUGUUAGCGUAGCGCAGUGCUCUUCCCCUCCCAGAUGGUUUCUGUGGGAGGCUGCUGCACUGCUGUCAGUGGCUGCCUCACCUGAGGGGAUUUCAAGGCUGGACAGUGCCAAAGAGGACCCCCCCAACAGCAGACAUGGCAGCCCUGCCUGACCAGAAAUGCACUAGUUUUAAAUACAGAGUGAUGGCAGUUGAGAUGAGACAGGAUGGCUGAGCCACACUGAGGACAUGUUUAAUGUUUCAAUGUUUGUCUUGAUGUCUCUCUUAAAGAUGGGAUAGGGGUAAGCGCAAAAAAUAUAACACAUAAAUACGAAGCCAUAAGCCUUUAUCAAGUGCUUUUUGGAGUGAAAAAAUACCAGAUUUGUCCUUAAAACUGCCAGUCUCCUUCUCAAGCAAUCAUGAUUAGAAACUCAGAUCUCUCUAAAGGCAGAAAUGCCACGUAACCUGCCAAUCAUAUUUUAGUGAUAAAAAAAUGAAAGUUACCGUGGAGUUUUCUAUUUUUUGUGUCGUUUGUGUUUUUUUUUUUUUAAACCCUCAUGAUGUAAUAAGCAAUUUCAUCCAGUCAGGAUAACACUGUAUAAAAUGUUACACUAGUCUUUCUUCUCCCUUUCUUAAUUUAAGCAAUGUAGCCAGCAGGACUUUCCAAAUCGUGUUGCAUGGGUUCUGUAAAGAAGGCGAAGAAGAAGAAGAAGAAGAAGAAGAAGAAAAAAGAGUUUUUUUAAAUCAAAGUUCAUGUACGUAAAUAAUGUAUUUAGCAUGGUGCAUGAAUUAUUUUCAUAUAAAUAGAGAUACUAGAGAACAAAGACGCUUCUAACGUCUGAGCCCAUAGGCUUGGACUUUCUCAUUUUUGUCUUAAUUUGACAAAAUGGUUUGUUUCUUUUUUUUUUUUUUUUGUUCUCAUUCAUACUUGUUUUCAAGCAGGCAUUAAAAAGGAUAAACCUUCUUCAGGGACAAACACAGACUGUUGGGCAUCUAUCUCUGCAAUAUGAGGAAUUCACGUUACGUCACGAGUAGGGCUAAGGCAGUCUGUCUGACUGCUUCGUGUCCACGGCACCUCCAGUCAGAGCCCGAGCCCGAGCCCGGGUCAGCCCUCGUCUGCUUGUACACUCAGCGCCACUCAAGGGUAGAUACCAGCCCACUGUGAACCGGAUCAAACUCGGAUCUGGAUCCAGCUCUGAUUUGGACUCAAUCCAGCUCUGAUUUGGACUCAAUCCAGUUCUGAUUGGGCUAAUCUGAAUUUGAUCCAUUUCAAGGUUGGCGGGCAUCUGGGACACAUGCCAGCUCUUAGGUUUCAGGAGAAGUUAGUAGUGAGUGUCGGUCCCCUUCCUGUUUCCAGUGCACCCAGGUUCAGUGCUUCGUUUGUUUCCAUUUGCUGUCAAAGUGUGCUUGUCUGGAUACCGUGGAUGUCUUAGAUAUUUCAAGGUCUUCCAUUUGUACGACACAGGAGUUUACUACAUGUAUUUCUUUCAGAGUAUUUGCCACUGUUGAUGUAGCAUUGUUCAGGUUUGUCACCUGUAUUAGUAUUUGUCAUCCACACACACACACACACAUGCACACACACACACACACACACACACACACA